UUUGGAUUAGAUUCUUCCGUCUUUCCAACAAAUCUACAGAUUUUAAGCAUUUUUUCAGGCUUUUGCCUCUUUCACCCUGGCCCUUUUCGUUUCUUUGCAUUUUUAUUCAAUCUGCAAAGAAUAAUAUAUUAAAAGUACAUAUCUGAAAAGAUGAGCUCUGGGGAGGGUUCUUCUCAACCUUCUUCCAAGAAAUCCAGGCAACCCAAAUAUUCUAGGUUUACACAACAAGAACUGCCUGCAUGCAAACCGAUAUUAACUCCAGGAUUGGUGGUCACAACUUUUAUACUAGUAGGGGUUAUAUUCAUACCAAUUGGCCUUUUGUCUUUGUCUGCAUCAGAGAGGGUGGUUGAAAUUGUAGACCGCUAUGACGAGGAUUGCAUUCCUUCCGAUCAAGAGAAAACUGCAUUUAUUCAGAGUGACAAGACCAACAAAACCUGUGUCCGGAGCUUGACAGUCCCAAAGAAAAUGCAGCAUCCAGUUUACAUCUACUACCAGCUUGAUAACUUCUAUCAAAACCAUCGUAGAUAUGUCAAAAGCAGAAGUGACAAACAGUUGCGAAACCCAGAAAAUGAGGAUUUAACAUCACCCUGUGAACCCGAAGCACGCGUUGAUAAUAAGCCCAUUGUGCCUUGUGGCCUUGUUGCUUGGAGUUUGUUCAAUGAUACUUAUGGAUUCUCAGUUGGUGGCAUGAAUCUAUCUGUAAACAAGAAAGAUAUUGCAUGGGACAGCGAUAAGAACUAUAAAUUUGGAUCAAAAGUUUAUCCUAAAAACUUUCAGCAGGGAAGCUUGAUUGGAGGAGGAAAACUGGAUGAAAAAAUACCAUUGAGUGAGCAAGAGGACCUUCUAGUCUGGAUGCGCACUGCAGCAUUGCCAAGCUUCCGAAAGUUGUAUGGGAGAAUUGAACAGGAUCUUGAGGCUAAUGAGAUGAUAACAGUGGUUAUACAGAAUAACUAUAAUGCUUAUGCUUUUGGAGGCAAAAAGAAGCUAGUUCUUUCGACUACGACUUGGAUUGGUGGAAAAAACAGUUUCUUAGGCUUGGGAUACAUCACUAUUGGUGGAUUGUGCUUAUUCAUUGCAACAACUUUCAUAGUAAUGUACCUUAUAAAGCCAAGGCCUUAUGGCGAUCCAUCCUAUUUGUCUUGGAACAGAAACCCACCUGGGAACUGAGUAUUCACUAUAUUGCCAAAGCUAAGUUGCAUGGCCUUGAUUUUGUGGGUUUUUUCUUCCUUCUUAAUCCUGAGCAGGAUAUAUUGUGAAUAGUAAAAGCAUCUAAUAAGCAAUUUAUUAGUCUA